GACACGAGUACUAUAAAAGCCGGUCUGAAAGAGGCAGCAAUUUAAGAUUGCCUACUUCAGCCAAAUGAGACUGUGAUCUUGGUUGGAACAAGAGGUAAAAUGUCUUGCCACUACCUGCCAGCCAUACUCGUGUCCCUCCUUACGACUGAAUUCACUCUCUCAGCUGCUCAAGGUGUUAAGUGGACAUACUUUGGCCCAGAUGGAGAGAGUCACUGGUCUAAAUACUACCCCUUCUGCGGUGGCGUAUUUCAGUCCCCCAUUGACUUCCAGACUGAGCUCCUGCAGUACGACUCCACGCUCAAGCCCAUAGAGGUCAGAGAUUACAAUCUGUCUGCCACUGAGCAACUUACUCUGAUGAACAACGGCCACUCAGUGCAAUUGUCUCUGCCGUCCCGAAUGCACAUCGCCAGCCUGCCAAACCGCUACUCGGCCGCCCAGCUUCAUUUCCACUGGGGAAGCUCCAGCCUGCCAGCUGGAUCUGAGCAUGCAAUCGAUGGCAAACAGUUCGCAGUGGAGAUGCAUGUUGUACAUUUCAACUCGGAUGUGUAUCCCAACAGCUCCGUGGCAGCAGAUAAAAAGGAUGGUCUGGCUGUAUUGGGUAUUUUCAUUGAGGUGGGCCAAUUCAAUCCAGCCUUUGAACAUUUACUCCGAUACAUUGAUGCCGUCAAAUAUAAAGAUCAAAACGUGCAGGUUCCAGCGUUCAACAUCCAAGAGCUGCUCCCCAAGCGGUUAGAUGAAUACUACCGCUACGACGGCUCUUUGACAACCCCUCCCUGCUAUCCCAGCGUCCUCUGGACAGUGUUCAGGAAUCCUGUCAGCAUUUCACAGGAGCAGUUCCUGGCACUGGCAACUGCUUUAUAUGCCACCAGUAUGACUGAGCCCACGCCCAUAGCUCUGAACGGGAACUACAGGAAACUCCAGGAUGGAGAUGACAGGCGCAUCUUGGUUUCCUUCCGGGAUGGUGCGGUGCUCUCCAUUGUCAUUGCUGUUGUGCUUGGACUUGUCCUUAUUGGGACCCUUGUCUGCUUCGUGGUCAGAAAGAAACGGGCUGAAAAAGACCAACAAAAGAACAAAGAUGUCAUCUACAAACCAGCUGCUGACAAAGAGGAGGUUUCAAAAGUAUAACUGGGAACCCCAGAAGCAAUAGUCAUUGAGGCAGCAGAAAUACACUGGGCAGAGGCUUAACUUUCUUCUCCUUAAGGACUUCUCCUGCAGAUCUCGUCAGUUUUCCGUUGUGCACCCUUUUCUUCCUUUACAUCCAAAACACUCGCGGCUCGUAUUUUACUCCUUAUGCUUUUUGGGGGGGGGACUAGAGACUUAUUUUGGAACUGGAAAUUUAAGUGGACUACUGCAAUCCUUAAAUCAUAUGCCAUUUACUUGAGAAGAGAAUUGUACAGUGCAAGGACUGGAGAUAAGCUCACCACAGUUCCAUCAAAGUGCAGCACUUUUAAAAUGCAGAUGUAGGAUAAAACGGAGGCUUGUCUUUGAUGCGCCACGGGUUAUUGCUACAAACCCCCCCCAAACUUGAGUCUUGCAAAAACUCAACUCAUGCAAAGUUCUAUUCUGUGAUAGGGGGCAAGGCAGCAGGGUGCCAUUUUGCUGACAUUUUUAAGGAGAGGGUCAUUCCAAGAAAAAAAAAAGACUAGAACAGGUUUUGAAGAAAAAGAAAGCAUUUGUGUUGAUCUGUGUUGUAACAGUGGAGACCAAUCUUAAUUCCCACAGUAAUUGGGCUAGUCUUCCAUUAUGUUUGCAAUAAAGCAGUAUUAUCAUAGUGCUGCAAUGAUGGAUAGAUGUGAAUUAUAGAUACAAAGCUUUUGUUAUUUAGGCUGGCUGUGGGUCAACCCUUGACCCCAAUGUACAGAGGGGGGGGAAGGAAACAGCCAAUUGGUUCAGUAUCCUUCCACCUCUGCCUUCCACAGCACGAGACUAGCAUCUUGCUGGACCAGCAGAAAAGAACCUUUUGUGCUCUCCUUCCGUUGGAGCUCAGCUGAUGCUGAGAAUGGACGUGUUCACAGUGAGGCUGCAAACAAAGCCUAGAACAAAAAGCCCUUUAAAGGAUUAUUUAGGAAUGGAAAUGGGGAUUUUUUUUUACUGCCACUUCCCAUAUGUCCUACAAGAUCUUAAGUAACAUAAGUUGAGUCUAGACCUAUGAUGUGACCUCAGAUUCUGAAUUUAGCAUUGCAACAUUUCUAGAAUUUUUAGGUCAGUUUUGCUACUGAAUCAAUUAUGCACAUACUGGAUUUAAACUUAAAGCAUUUUUUUACAAUAGAACUGGAACUAUUCCCAAAGAAGCUUGAAAUUGAUCACUUCUUAAACUGGUUAGUUGUAACUGUUGUGUGGAUUGUUUGAAGAUUUUUUUUUCUUUAAAUUCAAGAAUUUGUUUGGAAUAGCAAUUUCUUUUUAGAUAUUUAAACUUAUCACUGCAUCUACUUACAUUUCAGCCAGCCUUAGGGGGAUGGAAGCAUGCUUUAAACAUUUAGCAGAUAAAAUACUUUUUGUUUACUUAUAACAAAAAAAGCAAGACGAUUAGCAGACUCCUAUGCUUCUUAAUCACAAGUUCACAAAUUGUUCUUUUUUUUUAAUAUUAGAAGUCUUUUGAAGCAAGCAAUUCCUCACACAGAGCAAGGUAUUGAUGAAUGUGCCAUACAUUGUACUAGUUGCAAACAUUAGAAGCCCAAAUUAAGGUCCGAUGAGGAAGGUACUCCUGGAUUCAGCAACAUUGUCUCUUUUUAAAAUAAACAGGCAGCUAAUAGAUUUGUGAGACCCCUUCAACUGGGUAAUUUCAUAAGGAAGCAGAGGAGGGGCUCAGAUACUCAGGGAUCAGAGAAGGCAAAAACUAGUUUGUCUUUAGUAAAUGUGGGUGCUUGUGCUGGGGAAAAGAGAUUUGCCUGUGGCUUCAGUAUAGAAAGCCAUGGGCUGAUUUUUAUGGUUUGUCUGCAUGGUUUCACUUCAAAUAUGCCAAUGUCAUGUACAAAACUUGGUCUUCCCUGUUGAUGUUACUGCAGUGGUUGGUAUUGUUUGAAACGGCCAGAUCUGUGAUGUCAUGGCUAUUGUUGCAUUGUUCAUUUGUUGCCAAAUGGUUUUUAAUUGUACAGUUAUGUUAGAUUUGCCUUUUAAUUGUAGCUUGCCAUGUUCAUUUGACUCCAAAAAAUUGAAUAAAUAAGCUGCCACUGAGUUUCUUUUACAGUGCAAA